AGAAUACAAGCAACUAAAAUAAAUACCAACAGUUAAUUGAGAACAUCUGAUUUUCCUGGAAUGACAAAACAAGAGAAAGCAGUGAAUGAAAGAAGUGCACUUUUGAAACAAAAAAUGGGAAGAAAUGCUCAGAAAUCUGAUGAGAAGAGAGGAGGAGAGGAGGGGUCCUUCGCCCCUAGAAAGGACUCAUUCGAAGACGGUCAAAAUAAAGGAAGAUUUGGCUCCUGCAGUAUGGAUACUUGUGGAAACAAGACUCUGAAAUAUCUUAAGAAGAGAUUACCUUUCCUGUCCUGGAUCACUCAAUAUAAGGCCCUCGAUUUAAUUUCUGAUUGCAUUGCUGGGAUUACAGUUGGAUUAACAGUUAUACCACAGGGUAUAGCCUAUGCUGCAGUGGCUGGGUUGGAAGCCCAGUAUGGAUUAUACUCGGCCUUCAUGGGAUGUUUUGUUUAUUGUAUCUUUGGAACAUCCAAGGACAUUACCAUCGGACCUACCGCCAUUAUGGCACUUAUGACUGCGACGCAUGCGCAGUACGGACCCGAUUAUGCUGUUCUACUCGCUUUUCUUUCUGGAAUAAUUAUUCUUGCUUGUGGGCUUCUGCAGUUAGGUUUUUUGAUUGAUUUUAUCUCUGUACCUGUGAUAGCUGGGUUCACCAGCGCAGCUGCUAUAACUAUCGCUACCGGGCAGGUCAAAGCCUUGCUCGGAAUUAAAAUAGAUAGUCACCACAAAUCCCACACUCACCUGGGUAUAGUGGAUCCUUGGAUCGAUGUGUUUACGAAUAUAGAAACAACCAGAUACCAGGACGCGAUUCUUGGAAUAGUGUGCGCCAUUGUUCUUCUCUCUCUCAGGUAUUUGAACCGGACAUCUUGGUUUAAAACCUCUGAUAAUCCCAACCCAGGCCUGCAAACUCUCUUCAACAAAUUACCAAUAAAUGUUCAGCAUAUUGUCAGCAAGGGGGUCUGGUUCCUCUGUACUGCCAGGUAUCUUGACAAUUACCGGAAAUAUAUUCCAUAUAUUCAGGAAGUAGAAGUAAAUGAAACCUGUAUCUGGACUAUUACCGGAAAUAUACAGAGCGGACUUCCCCCCUUUACUCCUCCUCCAUUCAGCACUGUAGAAAAUAAUUCUACAAUCCCUUUUAUGGAAAUGACAAAAACUCUUGGCUCUGCAAUCAUUGUAAUUCCUCUUAUUGCAAUCCUGGAGAGUGUGGCAAUUGCCAAAGCUUUUGCUGGCGGUAAACCUGUAGAUGCUAGCCAGGAGAUGGUUGCCCUUGGAUUUUGUAAUAUCUUUGGAUCUUUUGUCCGAUCUAUGCCCACCACAGGAUCUUUCAGUCGAACUGCUGUAAACGCUGCUAGCGGAGUGAAAAGUCCCUUAUCUGGGUUGUUUACUGGAGGCCUUGUCAUCCUUUGCCUUGGAGUUCUCAUCCCAUACUGUGCUUUCAUCCCGAAGGCCACCCUUGCUGCUGUUAUCAUUACUGCUGUCAUUUUCAGUGUGGAAUAUCAUCUUGUAAUGCCGAUGUGGAGAAGUAAAAAAAUUGAUCUUCUACCUGCUUUCGUCUGCUUCUUUGUGUGUGUACUCUAUGAACUUGAGUUUGGAAUCCUUGCUGGCGUAGUUGUACAGAUGCUCUUCCUAAUUUACGCUGCUGCAAGACCAAAGAUUGCUGUCAACAUGAGAAAGAUUGAGGGAGUGGAUCAAGAAUAUCUGUAUAUAUGUCCUGAUCAGGGGAUUAUAUUCCCAUCUGUGACCUAUGUCAGGAACCUGAUAAACAAGGCAGCUCUGAAACAGGCUGGUCCCGAAAUACCUGUUGUUAUUGACUGCAGCAAAAUAAAUAACGUUGAUUUCACGGCAGCAGAAGGAUUUCAUGCAAUGAUAGCGGAUAUGGGCAAGAGAAAUACUGAAAUCUAUUGGCUCAAUCCAUCUCCUAGUGCUGCCCAUACCCUACGAGUUAUCGCCAAGGAUCAUUUCAGGGUGAUCUAUAAAGAGAGUGAAUUGAUCGAUGAGACUCGAUCCCAAACCAUUACUCCAGGUCUACCUUCCUUCUCACCUUUAGUAGAUGAAGAGAUGGGUCCAGAUACUAAUGGACUUUAAAAGAUCUCAUAACAAUAACCUGAAAACACGCUGACAUCACGCUAACUUUGGCAGAUUUUCUGGAGACCUC